AUGAACCAGCACCACCCCGUCCACUCCCAGAGCAUGGACGCGUCGUCGAUUGACGCCGCGUCCCAGGAGGCCGAGCAUGUAGGGCGGAUGAACAACGACCACACGCCGGAUGAGGCGCGCAUGAACGAACCGCUCGCUGCCCCUGCCGCGCGCCACCAUUUGGCGGGCCAGAAGGGCCUCGCGGUGCCGAAGCGCUUCCCGGACUUUAGCAGGACGCCGGACCUGUUCCGGCAGACCCCCGUGUAG